AUGGGUCUUGUGGAAACCAAGAUGAGGAAACCAAACUUGGAAGCUUUCAUGGCCAGGAUGCUUCUCCUCUGGAACCCACAAACAACGGUUCUAGAAGUGGUCAAUACAGAGCAACAAGCCAUUCACACAAAAAUCAGGUGUAUUCGCUCUAGAAAUUCUUUUCUUUUCUCUCUUGUUUAUGGUUUGCACUCACCUGAAACACGACAACCCCUCUGGGACUCGAUGCUAGAUUUUGGAUUGCAGGGACUUCCAUAUUUGGUGAGCGGGGACUUCAAUGCAGUCGUGCAUGUCGAUGAAAGGCGUGGAUUUAGGAAGCCAGACAACAGGGAAAUGGAUGGCCCCAUUCAGGCUUGUGCGAUUCUUGGGCUACAAGAUGUGCCUUCUACGGGCUGCUUUUUUACAUGGACCAAUGGCCACGUCUUUAGUAAGAUUGAUCGAGCGAAGGAAUUCAGUGACAUAUCGGCCUGGGCUAAAGAAGCAACGAAGCAGCUCGAGGAGCUGCAACUUAAAGCAGACCGGGACACCUCAAAUAGAGCCUUACAAGAUCAAAUCAGACUUCUCAAACAGAAAACCGAGCUCCUUGUCACCUCAGAAAAGAACUUCUACAGCCAGAAGGCCGGUCUCAAGCAUCGCCUUCUCAGUGAUCGAAAUACAGCCUUCUUCCAUGCCAUGGUGCGAACCAACAAUACAAGAAACACCAUUGCCCUCCUCUGCAAACCAGAUGGUUCGCUCAUUGAAGAUCAAGAUAAGAUUGCGGAUAGCUUCGUCCAUUUCUACAAUGGACUCUUCGGAGUUCCAAAGGAUGCUACGCCUCUUAUCCCAGAAGUCAUCCGCACUGGCUACACCCUGAAUGAUGACGAAUCACUUAGUCUCAUUAGGGGAGUCUCGGACAUGGAAAUAAAGAAAGCUCUCUUCUCCAUAAAGGAUGACAAGGCCCCGGGUCCGGAUGGAUACUCCUCGGCCUUCUUUAAAAAGAAUUGGGGCACGGUAGGCGCGGACCUCACAAAUGCAGCUCUGGAGUUCUUUGAAUCUGGGCAUCUCCUUAAGAGCUUCAAUACCACUGCGAUUGCUCUCAUACCAAAGACGGCGAGCAGCCCUCAAGUUCUGGGCCAUCAGCGCCUUGUUCCAUGCGCCGAGAUCCCGAAAGCCAAGUCCGCACUCGUCUUUUGGCAGGCAUAA